CAGUGGCUUGGGGCGCGCACACACUUACGCACCCUCGCCCGCUGCCGCUGCGCCAGGACAGCCAGUGGCUAAGGCCGGCGGGGCCAAGCAGCCGCGAGGCUGGCGGCAGGGUCUGCUCACCGGGUGGCAGCAGCGUUGCCCCAGCCAACACCCUUCCCGCACUCCAGGUGUCUCUCUGUCUCCAGUUGAUUCUUCUGGAGCUGGGCUUUGGUUCCUGCCCUCUGGACUCUGCCUGAAACACCCACCAUGGGGACACACGGCAGGAAAAAGUCAUGCUCGCUGCUGCUGGUGCUGGCUACAGUGGCCCUGGCCUCCUCUCCAGGAUGGAGUUUUGUCCAGGGAACCCCAGCUACCUUUGGACCUGUUUUCGAAGACCAGCCUGUAGGCUUGCUGUUCCCAGAGGAAUCCACAGAGGAUCAGGUGACACUGGCAUGCCGUGCCCGAGCUAGCCCUCCAGCCACCUAUAGGUGGAAGAUGAAUGGCACUAUUAUGAACCUGGAACCCGGUUCCCGUUACCAGCUGAUGGGGGGCAACCUGGUCAUCAUGAGCCCCACCAAGGCACAGGAUGCUGGUGUCUACCAGUGCCUAGCCUCAAACCCAGUGGGCACUGUCGUCAGCAAGGAGGCAGUCCUCCGCUUCGGCUUUCUGCAGGAAUUCUCCAAGGAAGAGAGAGACCCGGUGAAAACCCACGAGGGCUGGGGGGUGAUGCUGCCUUGUAACCCACCUGCCCACUACCCAGGUUUGUCCUACCGCUGGCUCCUCAAUGAGUUCCCCAACUUCAUCCCAACGGAUGGGCGUCACUUCGUGUCCCAGACCACAGGAAACCUCUACAUUGCUCGGACCAAUGCCUCAGACCUAGGCAACUACUCUUGUCUGGCCACCAGCCACAUGGACUUCUCCACCAAGAGUGUCUUCAGCAAGUUCGCGCAGCUCAACCUGGCGGCUGAAGAUCCCCGACUCUUUGCUCCCAGCAUCAAAGCCAGAUUCCCCCCAGAGACCUAUGCACUGGUUGGGCAGCAGGUCACCCUGGAGUGCUUUGCCUUUGGGAACCCUGUUCCCAGGAUCAAGUGGCGUAAAGUGGAUGGUUCUUUGUCCCCGCAGUGGGCCACAGCAGAGCCCACCCUGCAGAUCCCCAGCGUGAGCUUUGAAGAUGAGGGCACCUAUGAAUGUGAGGCAGAGAAUUCUAAGGGCCGUGACACCGUCCAGGGACGCAUCAUUGUGCAGGCUCAGCCUGAGUGGCUCAAGGUGAUCUCAGACACAGAAGCCGACAUUGGUUCCAACCUGCGUUGGGCCUGUGCAGCAGCAGGCAAGCCUCGGCCCAUGGUGCGCUGGCUGAGAAAUGGGGAGCCUCUGGCCUCCCAGAACCGAGUGGAGGUCUUGGCUGGGGACCUGCGAUUCUCUAAGCUGAGCCUGGAGGACUCGGGCAUGUACCAGUGUGUGGCGGAAAACAAACAUGGCACUAUCUAUGCCAGCGCCGAGCUGGCAGUGCAAGCUCUGGCCCCCGACUUCAGGCAGAACCCUGUGAGACGGCUGAUCCCCGCUGCUCGCGGGGGAGAAGUCAGCAUCCCCUGCCAGCCGCGCGCAGCCCCAAAGGCUACCGUGCUUUGGAGCAAGGGCACUGAGAUUUUGGGGAACAGUUCCAGAGUGACUGUAACCUCAGAUGGCACCUUGAUUAUCAGAAACAUCAGUCGAUCGGAUGAAGGCAAAUACACCUGCUUUGCUGAGAAUUUCAUGGGCAAAGCUAACAGUACUGGGAUCCUGUCUGUGCGCGAUGCAACCAAGAUCACUCUAGCGCCUUCGAGUGCUGACAUCAACGUGGGUGAUAACCUGACCCUCCAGUGCCAUGCCUCCCAUGACCCCACCAUGGACCUCACCUUCACCUGGACCCUGGAUGACUUUCCCAUUGACUUUGAUAAGCCUGGAAGUCACUACCGGAGGGCCAGUGUGAAGGAAACUGUUGGGGACCUGACUAUCCUGAAUGCCCAGCUACGCCACGGAGGGAAGUACAUGUGCAUGGCCCAGACAGUGGUGGAUGGUGCAUCCAAGGAGGCCACAGUCCUGGUCCGAGGUCCCCCAGGUCCCCCAGGAGGUGUGGUAGUGAGAGACAUCGGAGACACCACUGUCCAGGUUAGCUGGAGUCGUGGUUUUGACAAUCACAGCCCCAUUGCCAAGUACACGCUGCAAGCUCGCACUCCUCCUGCUGGGAAGUGGAAGCAGGUUCGGACCAAUCCUGUGAACAUCGAGGGCAAUGCCGAGACUGCCCAGGUAUUGGGUCUCAUGCCUUGGAUGGACUACGAGUUUCGGGUUUCAGCUAGCAACAUCUUGGGCACCGGGGAGCCCAGCGGGCCAUCCAGCCGAAUCCGGACCAAGGAAGCAGUUCCCUCAGUGGCACCAUCAGGACUCAGCGGAGGGGGCGGAGCCCCUGGAGAGCUCAUUAUCAACUGGACUCCCAUGUCACGGGAGUACCAGAAUGGAGACGGUUUCGGCUACCUGCUGUCCUUCCGCAGGCAAGGCAGCUCCAGUUGGCAGACUGCCCGGGUGCCCGGUGCUGAUGCCCAAUACUACGUCUACAGCAAUGACAGCAUCCAUCCCUACACACCCUUUGAGGUCAAGAUCCGAAGCUACAAUCGCCAGGGGGAUGGGCCUGAGAGCCUCACUGCGCUGGUGUACUCAGCAGAGGAAGAGCCCAGGGUGGCCCCUGCCAAGGUCUGGGCCAAGGGGACCUCAUCCUCAGAAAUGAACGUGAGCUGGGAGCCUGUGCAGCAGGACAUGAAUGGCAUUCUCCUGGGGUACGAGAUCCGCUACUGGAAAGCUGGAGACAAAGAAGCAGCUGCUGAUCGCGUGAGGACCGCAGGGCUAGACACUAGCGCCCGAGUCACUGGCUUGUACCCCAACACCAAGUACCACGUAACUGUGAGGGCCUACAACCGCGCUGGCACUGGACCAGCCAGCCCUUCAGCCGAUGCCAUGACCAUGAAGCCCCCACCACGACGACCACCUGGCAACAUCUCCUGGACUUUCUCAAGCUCCAGUCUCAGCCUGAAGUGGGACCCUGUGGUACCACUCCGAAACGAAUCCACAGUCACUGGCUACAAGAUGCUGUAUCAGAAUGACUUCCACCCAACUCCUACACUCCACCUCACCAACCAGAACUGGAUAGAAAUCCCAGUGCCUGAAGAUAUAGGGCACGCCCUGGUACAGAUUCGAACCACAGGGCCGGGAGGGGAUGGGAUCCCAGCAGAAGUCCACAUCGUGAGAAAUGGAGGCACAAGCAUGAUGGUGGAGAAUUCUGCAGUCCGCCCCACCCGUCCUGGCCCCUUGCUCUCCGGUGUGGUGAUACUGAUGCUCACUGGCUUCCAGAAGCUCUGAUCUGAUCACUGCCUGCCACACCCAAGCUGGACACCCGCCCUAACGGACACAGCCCCCCCUCUGACGCCAAGGUUGUCUAACACUGUGCCUGAGAGUGGUUGGCUUAGACCCAACAGUACCCUUUAUGUAGGAGGUAGGGUAUCUCUAUUCUGCCGCAGGAUAGAAACCAUGCAAGGAAUUUUUCUUUGAAUCAGGAGGCACUGGGCAGUGACUUUCAUGAUUAACACUAGGCCCAAUGCCUGGACCCCUUGGGGUCCUGGACAGAAUGAACAGGCCUUUGGACAGAAGGCAUUUGAUAUACAUCUUCAGAUCAAGCAGAUGGCCCUCUGGGGUCACACGUGGGCACUGCCAUCUGAGACAAAGGUUCCAGGCCCAGCAGGAACAUAGACAGCAGCAGGCUGAAAACAUGGUCUAUAAGUUUCCCUCUCUGGAGCAGAGGGACCUGCCUUCUAGUCCUCGCUGGAGAAGCAGCGCAGCUGGUCCCGGCCUGGUCUUCCAUGGCUCCCAGGCAGUCCUUCCUGUUUGGUAGCCAACAACCAGACCCCAGGUUACUGGGGAGAGGAGCUCCAAAGGGUUGAGAGGCUACAGCCCCUGAUGGAAAGGGUACCAGCCUGGGGCCAAGGUCUAUUCAUCAUGCAGGUGGCACUGCCCUCUCAGCCAGCACUGCCAACCCAACCCUGUCACCCUCCAGACUGGAUGACGGAGUGAUGGAGCCACUCUAGGUGGCUAGGGGACUAAAGGGCUUGUCUUGCGGUGUUGCCUUGCCCCAUUGAGAUGCCUCCUUUCUGGCCCCUCCAGGGUAUGGGCAGGAGCCCAGCUGAAUGCCACUCUUCCCUUCAGCUCUGCCACAGACGUAUGCCUGCCUCCACCUCCCAUAAUUGCAGGCCCUGGAAACCAACCCUCAACACAGCAUCCAUCCUCCCUCUGUCCUGGGAUGGAAAGGCCUCUGAAAUGGGCCAGCAUUGAUGUGGCCAUGCCUGCUUCCAGGAGUACCUUCCACCACCUGACCACAAAUGCUCCCUAAGCUGCCUAGAUUACUCUCUCAAGUCCCCAGAAGAAAAGGGGGUUAAUAAAGGGGGCAGCCUACCUUGAGUUCGGGGUACAUUACCAGUGCAGACCAGACUACCAGAACUGAGGAGGCCUUAUAACUCAGCUGACCCAUACUCGGUCCUUAACAGAUGAGGAAAUGGAGGUUCAGAGGGGCUUAGGGACUUCCUACGGUCCCAUGACCUGUAAGUGACAAGACUUGGUCAAGCACCAGAGUCUCCUGCCUACCUGUGGGAGGCAUCCUUGUCACUAAGGUGGCCGAGCCUCCGGAGGAUGAGCCCUCUGCUUCGAGAGGUCCCGGCUGUGAGAAGAUCAGCGUGGAUGAGGCAGACUUCUGCUGGGAACUGAGGAAGUGAUGCUGGCCGGAAGCUUCUCAGGCCCUCCAAGAAGAGAGGCCAAAGCAAGGACAAGAGUUCCCGAGACCAGGACCCUGAGGCAGCAUGGCCAGGAAACCCCGGUGUCCACACCUAGGCCCACAAGAACUGCAGGGCAGGCGUCUCAAGAGGCAGCUGCCCUGUUGCUCCAUGGCCCAUUUCUGUAGUUUACAGUUAGAGCUCUAUUUUGUUAUGGGUUUUUAAACUUUAAGCCUUGCUCUGUUUUCCUGGGCAGGUUUAUGUUAGGAUUUACCCACCACAAUUUUUUAAAGACGUACACUCACACACCUCCUCCCUACUGCCCCCAAUCCAACCCCUAACUAGGGACUGCUUUCCUGGAACUGAUCAAAUUCCCCUCUCCUGCUCCUGGCACCUCACCUACAAGGGUGCUAGGGGCUCAGCCAUGUGAUCAUUCUCCCUCACCAGGGCCCCAAAGUUAGUGUAGCAUCUGGAAAGGGGAACGGAAAGAAACCCUCCAAGGUUUAUCUAUUUCCCACUGCCUUGGGCUGCAGGAGGGAUGCUAGAGAAGAUAGCCAGUGGCUGGGCAAUUAGGAUUGUAGAGAAGUGGGUAUCUAGAGCGAGCUGGUUUGGCAUUGGACCUAGCUCGGGAGGUGGGAGGAGGCUGCCCCUUUUCUUCUGACAAGGUCCAUGAAAAGCAGGCAGGCUGCUGGGAGACCCGAGAAGACUUAGCCCUGGGCAGGCAGAAUUUGUUUGGGGGGAUGCAGAGUGGUGCCAGCCAUCUGGGGUAGUCUGGGGGCUCCAAGUGGAGUGUUAGUGACAGCAUCACAAGACCAGAGGUGACUCACUUGUAAAUAGAAAGACUCUUGUUGAGGAAACUUGGACCCUGACUGGCUUAGAAAAAGAGGGCUAGAUUAAAUGGCUUCUCAGACUUCCUGGCCAGGCUUGGGAGGUUGGUGGGCUUGCUCCUGCUGUGGUCAUGACUGUUAGGUUCCAUCCAUGCACAUUAAACUACAAGAGGUAAAAAGGGACAGCCACAAAUAAGUACUCUGCAGAUGUCUCUUGAGGGACAGGGAAGUGCUCUGUUCUGUCCGUACAGGGGCUCAGGCCAUCACUGAGCUAUCUGCUCCUUGCCAUGUGAUGGUGUCUGAUGGUGUGGAUGAAGAUAGUGGUUUUGCCAACCCGGGUGGCAGGUGACUUCCAACAGCAGGGGAGCAGGGAGGCUAUGGGGCUUGGCAAAGGACAGGAGAGGACAAAGCCAAGGGCGGAAACGCCUGAAGGAACGAGGAAGGGGCUUCUUUUGAGUAAGCUCUGAGGAAUUCUGAGUGCUCUCGCAGGAUCUUGGAUGGGUGAAGUCCUGACUGAAGGGGUGGGAGGUGCUGAGUCCUUUUGGAGCUGAGAUCUUAAGAAUCAAAAUGCCUAACACAGGAAAGCCUUAGCGGUGCCAUCUGCUAUGGUCCCCACAGCUUAACAAAGCCAUCAAAGGGACUCAUCCACCACAGAGCAGUCCUUACCCACUAGUGCCUUCCCCCAUGGGCAAUGCCUCUCCACAGUCCCCAAAGCCAUCCUUGCCUGUGCUCUGGCCAAGAGCUCAAUGUGGCUAAUGAUGUUUUCCUCCCCUCAUGCCUUUUCCAGGGGCACCAUUCUUUUCCUAGUGUCGAAUAGUCAAUAGGACUCCUGCAUGCCAAGGGACAGCGGUGUGCUCAUACCUGUUACUAGUUCAAGUGUGGUGUCCUGUCUCGCUAGCCGAGACCAAACCUGGCAAGGGGUCUCUGGAUAGGAUUAAGUGGGACCCUAAAGGAUGUCAAGAAGCUCACUGGAAACAGUGCUGGGAGCUGGGAAUGGGGUUGUACCUCUUGAACCUGUACAUAUGAUCACAGCCUCUGGGAAAGCAGGGCUUUAAAGGAAAACUGUAGAGGAACAAAAUAGGCCAGUCAGCUUUGUCCAGGUCCAGGAAGCCCCAGCGGCCUACGGCCUACAGUUUCUUUAGAGGAGACUCCACCUACCUUGGCACCAGAUGCCUCUAAGUCAGCCCUCACUUCAGAGCCUGGACAGCUCUGAUCUCGGGGCUUCGUUAGCCCACGGAUGAUAGUUCCUGUUCAGAUGCGACCCCUCCACCCCAGCCCGCUGUUCACUCUUGUAAUAGUUAUUUAUUGAUUCUGGUAGCAAGCAAUUCUUAAAUAAAGGUGUUUUCUCAACCUGCCUGGGCAGCUGGCAGUGGCUGCGGUCCUCAUCACCUCACUAGAGCGUCCCGGGCCUGUUCUGCAACUCGUACAUCCGCCUUUCACGUGGCUAACUCUGAGGACGCUGUACACAGUGCAGACCGCUUCCUCUAACCUGGAGGAAGACAGGCCAGGUGGCUGGCGGUCGGGCACCUGAGCAGGUCUCACCUAACAUACUUGGAGGUCAGAGACACUUUCGGGUCCCCUGACAGUACAUUUGACAUGUUGACUCUCUUAUCCCAAAGGAAGUCCCCUCCAUGAAGAGAUUAAUGACCCCGACUGGUAAGGAGGUGACUGUUGCUUCUGAUCAAUCAGGGUGGCUCCAAGAGGUGGAACUCCUAGGCUUGACACAGCAGAUGGCAUUCCAGGCGAGCUCCUGCAGGAUCACACUCAGGCAGUCCUCAUUCAAACGUCACUGGUGUCAAGUGAGUAGGAUGUCAUGCUGGGUCCUGAAUUGGCAGGGGGCUUGCUGCAGAAAGCACGUGCAGAUCCAAGUAGGAUCGUGCUAAGUUUCCCAGGCUGGCCAUGAGCGUCCUGUGUAGACUAGACUAGCCUUGAACUUGGAAUUCUGCCCCAGUCUCCUGAAUAGCUAGGAUUACAGGAAUGUAACCAUGUCCAGUUAGAACUAAGUUAUCAUCUUUACAAAACCCAUCUGAAAGUCUUUUGUUCUCUUCUCUGCUCAAUUGCUUCAAAUUCUGAGUCAAAAUUCAAGAGCCCAAGGCAUGCAGAGAAGGCUAUGUACCGAGCUAUCCUAUCCACCUCAUGUCUGACUACUGGCCUGCAACAGAAUGCAGGGAACGUGUUAAUAUCUGGUCCUAAGGGGUUUCCAUCUACACAGUGUGAAGCAGGACCCUUCAGCGGUGUGUUACCGAGUUUACUGGAACGGAAUCCUUCAAGGUCCUCUUUAGAGUGAGCUAUCCUUGAAUGUUUCCGCAAACUGCCUAGGACUAAAUGACAUUCCCCAGACCCAGGACUUUACUUUACAAAACAGCUUCCCUUGGGGGAGCUCCUUGGGCCCCCACAAACACCUGUGUCAAAGCUGAGACUGGUUUUGUCGUAUGGCUGACAACAGAGCAGGGCCAGAACCAGGUCUUCUGAAACCCAUCCUUUCUGGGGUGACAGACAGGUGUAACAUCUCAGCCUCCUGGUGUGACACAGUAUGUACCUGUGUAGGGCUCUUCUCAGAAUGUCGGAGUCACUGCUCAUGAAGCUAAUCGCAAGGACAUGGGGCAAGUCCAGGCUGUGGGACAGCAUGCAGACUACUGGACAAGCCUGGCUCUCCAGUGCACCAAUCAUAAGGAACAACGGGAAGAACUCGCUAGGAGACUGCAGAGACAAACACUGAAUGCAGAACAUGCAUCUCUGGUACCGGAUUACAAUUACACUAAAAAGCUUUAAAGUUUUGAAAAUGAAAACUGGACGAAAGCCGGGUGGAGGACCAGCAACUGCUCAGUUGGCAAAGCGACUGCUGCACAUGCACAAGGCCCUGAGGACAUGAAAAUCUGGGUACAGGGAUGCACACUGGGAAUCCCAGCACUGGGAGGUACGGGGACGCACACUGGGAAUCCCGAUACUGAGGAGGCACGAGACGCACACUGGGAAUCCCAGCACUCGGGAGGAAUAGGGAUGCACACUGGGAAUCCCAGCACUGGGGAGGUAUGGGGACUCACACUGAUAAUCCCAGCCCUGGGGAAGCAGAGACAGGUGGAUCCCUAUGGCCCAGUGGCCAGCCAGCCUCGCCUCAUCUGUGAGCCCUGUGUCUCAGCAAAAGACCCUGUCUCAAAAAUAAACAACAAAAGAAACAAAAACCCACAGUGGAUGCCAUCUGAAGAAUAACCAAGGUUGACUUUGGCCUCUACACCGCGCACGCUCAAACACACACAGAGGCAAGAAAUAGUCAUCUGUUUGUCUAGUUUUCAAAUGAUUCUACAAUAUCAAUAUACACUUUGGACUCUUCUGAGAAAAGGUUAAGAACUGAUGAAUCUGGGCAGUCUGUGGGUGGUGUGUAGGUUUGAGUGAGCCAUCCUCCUUAAGUCUCAAACAUCUCGCACUCAGUGGCUGUUUGGAAAGGAUAAGUGUGACCUUGAUGGAGGAAGUAUGUCACUGGGGGUGGGCUUUGAGGUCUCUCUCUCUCUCUCUGCCUGCUGCUUUAGCCCCCGCUGCAGUUACUUCUGCUAUCAGGACUCUGUCCCCCUUGGACUGUAAACCCCAAAUAAACUUUUUUCUCUAAGUUGCCCGUUUUGUGGUGUUU